AUGCCGCCCGAUUUGAACGGCAAGGUCCCAGCCUACAAGGCGUUGCCCCGCGAACGUGACCUAGAAACUAGGCGAGCAAAGGGAGAAGCCUCUUGCGCCGAAUGUCGGAGAUUGAAACUCAAAUGCGAUAGAAAGGUACCAUGUACGUCUUGCAUUCGCAGAGGUUGUCAGACGAUCUGUCCAAACGGUGGCUCCUUGGCAUCCGGUCAAGGAUCGAGGUUCGUCCUCGCAAAUACCGACAGACUUCAUGAAAAACUGCUCCGAAUGAGUGCACGAAUUCGGCAACUUGAAGAUGCGCUCCAGAUUGCACAGGCAAGCGUCACGCCCGUCAGCCAUCCUCUUCUCUCAGAAGAGUUGCUGGCAGUCAAGUCUUGCGUUGAUAUAAUGGCUGAAAGAGAAGAUUCCGAAGAUGUUGCGGACAGGGCUCCUACUAGCUCUACUUCAGGGCUGGGCACUUUAAGCAUUUCUGACUAUGGAGAAACGUGUUUCAUGGGGCGUGGUUCAUCUGAAGUGAGUGCUUUAGACGGACUUUUAAGCGAGAAGCUGCAAGAACCGAACAACGUCCCUCAACAAAUCCUAUCCGUUAGCCGAGUCUUUCCGUUCGCACCUGCUGACCUUCCCAAAGGCGAGAUUCUGAGAACGAUUGAAGCAUGCUUACCAUCAUAUGCGAGAGCAACUGCUCUAGUGGAAGCAUAUUUGUCGAACAUAGCAUGGUCACUUGUUAUCGUCGAUCGCGAGCAGAUUUUUGAAGAGCUCUUGCCAUCUGUCUACAAGCGGCCGAGGACUUCCAACGCAUUGGGAAACGGUGAUAAUGAGUACGACAAAGAUUACAUAAACCGUUUGGCGCUUCUGCUUGCAGUGUUCGGAAACGGAGCCGCCGGAGACCUUACACUUCCAAUUGGAAAUGAGGAAGCCGAAUUGUUCACUCACCUAGCUCGCGCAGCCUUGAGUAUUAACUCCGUAUUCACCGGGGCAUCCAUGGAGCAUGUCCAGACGAUUAUUCUGCUUGCGGCAUAUGGUUUCUUCGCAUGUGUAAAGUCAUCCCUUGAACCUUCCUGGAAAAUGUUGUCAUUUGGCCUUUCCCUUGCCUCCAGUGUAAGUGAUCGUGAUCCGGCACGUUGGAACCUGGAACCAAGGAUUGUCCAGCGCAGGCGCCGACUUUUCUGGGAGUUGUUUACUUCUGACAAAUGGACGAGCGUCGAGUCAGGUCGGCCAGCAACAUUCAACUUACACGAAAUUGAUGUAGAAUUCCCCCAAGACAAGUAUGCAACUAUUGAUGAGGAUGGCAAUAUCGUCCCAAGCUACUGGCAUUGGAAAUUUCGCUUCAUGAAGGAAGUUAUGGCGCCCAUUGCUGAACUCCUUUGUCUGGCUCGACCAAUUAAGUAUGCUGAAGUCAUAGAACUUGACAGAAGAUGUCGAGAGUUUCAAAUGCCUUCGUCGCUGUUAAUGCCGAAAUCUCCUGAACCUGAUGAAGAGCUCACGACUUCGUUGCGUCGCUUCCAUUGGGCGCUCAUCCAGGAAGUCUCAUUGCUUUCCUUGCAUCGCGGCUUUUUUGCUCGCGCUCUACUCGAGAAUCCAGUCAGGCCUCUCGGCAGUCCUUUCGCAUCGUCUUUAUUGUCUGCGUAUGCAAGCGCAGUUACGUUGCUGAAGAUUUUACGAGUCUACUUCGAUAGAUACCCAGAUCUGCUGAUGCGCCAGUGGAUGGUCUGGGCACAUGCAUUAUCAUCUACAAUUAUAGUUGGUUCAGUAGCCUGCAGAGGCCCAGCAUCAUUCGUCGCCGCACCUGCUCUUAAAGAAUUAGAAGCAGCUAUUGACAUAUUCAAGAACGCACAGAUGCAUCCUGUAUCAAAACGGGCCUUGGUAAGUCGGCGUCUUUCGCGUUUCUACUAUCUUCAUUCUAAUCCAGCAUGCAGCCAUUCCUAG